AUGGCGGUGGCAGCUAUUAGUGAAGCAUUUUUGUCUGCUUUCAUUGAAGUUGUUCUCGACAAGCUUACUUCUCCUCAAGUUGCUAACUUUAUCAUAGGAAAGAAACUUGACGUCAAUUUGGUUGAACAACACUUUUUUGCUGUUGAAGUUGUGCUUAAUGAUGCUGAACACAAACAGAUCAAAGAUUCUACUAUUAACAAAUGGCUUGAUGAUCUCAAAGACGCUCUAUAUGUUGCUGAUGACCUUCUCGACCAUAUCUCUACCAAAGCUGCUAUUUCCAAGAAAAAAGAGGUAGUAUUGUUAACUACUUAUCUCACUUUUUUCAACUUUAAGGAAAGGGAUAUCAUGCCUUCAAAGUGGUAG